CUUUCCGGUAAGAAACUGAAAGUAAAUUCGACAACUCUUUUAUGUGGCUUCAAGUGCGUCUGCUCGACAGCAAGAGAAAUGAGUUGUUACGGCGACCAGCACACAAUGCUGUCCUCAGAUGAUGUGCUGCCCCCUCCUGGUGACUUCCAGGUCCUGUUGCUGACAUUAGAUUCUGUGUCUCUGAGCUGGAGUUCUCCUCAGGGGCUGACAGGACCACAGACAUUCAGAGUGACCUGGGGGUGUGACGGUGAAACAAGCUCAACAAGAGUGAAAGAUGUGUAUCAUCUUGAAAUAAGCAGUCUCAAACCUGGUGAAAAGUACCAGUUCAGUGUGGCUACAGAGGGAGAAGAUGGAAGACAAAGCAGAUGGGUCUCAGCAUCCCUAUCCACAGUUGUCCCACCUAGAGAUUUAAAGAUAGACCAUUUGGAAGAGACCUCCUUCACUCUCCACUGGUCCAAGGCUGAAGGGAUGGAGAAAGUCCCACAGCGCUUCCUCAUAUCCUACUGCAUACCAGGAACAGACCCUCUCGCAGCCGUUACUGACGACUGCCACAAAACCUUCUCCAACCUGCAUCCUGGCACCGAGUACACUGUUAGUGUUGCAACUGUGCUGAGCAAUGGGGAACAGAGUGAACCUGUCUCUACAACAGUCUGCACUAUACUUCCUGCUCCAGACCAGCUGACUGUUGACUUAGUGGACACCACAUCAGCUGCUGUUAGCUGGAGCCAGCCACCAGGAUUGGACCAGACCCAACAUCAUUACCAGAUCUCCUACCACUGUCCAAGAACAAAACCACACAUCACUACCACAUCUUCACACAGCAUCACUCUCUCUGACCUGAAACCUGCUACUCAGUACUCUGUCACUGUCUGCACUGUGCUGGACAAUGGAAAGCAAAGUCAACUGGUGUCAACAACCCUCACCACAGUACUUCCUGCUCCAGACCAGCUGACUGUUGACUUAGUGGACACCACAUCAGCUGCUGUUAGCUGGAGCCAGCCACCAGGAUUGGACCAGACCCAACAUCAUUACCAGAUCUCCUACCACUGUCCAAGAACAAAACCACACAUCACUACCACAUCUUCACACAGCAUCACUCUCUCUGACCUGAAACCUGCUACUCAGUACUCUGUCACUGUCUGCACUGUGCUGGACAAUGGAAAGCAAAGUCAACUGGUGUCAACAACCCUCACCACAGAACAUUUCCAGUGGUGGAAGAGACCCUCCACAGUUGCUGCAGUGUUUGUUCUACUGGCUGUGAUCAUGGGCCUGUGGGAUUCCUAUGCAACUUCAGAGCGAGACCAGCUACAGAAUAGUCUAAAUACCAGGACCACGGAGAGAGACCAGUUGCAGAAUAUUCUAAAUACCAGGACCACUGAGAGAGACCAGUUGCAGAAUAUUCUAAAUACCAGGACCACUGAGAGAGACCAGUUACAGACCAGGCUUAAGUUCUAUGAGAAACCCUGUCUGGAUGGAUGGUGGAAGUUUGGCACCAGCUGUUAUUUUCUCUCCUCCACGAUGAAAGGAGCUGCGAGUGGUCAGAAGGAGUGCAGAACAAUGGGUGCUGACUUGGUUAUUAUAAACAGCAAAGAAGAACAGAUAUUUAUCCAUGGAUUUAAGAAGAAUGUCUGGAUUGGUACAUAUAAAAAAGACAGAAUCUGGAAGUGGGUUGACGACACACCAUUUAAACCUACCUAUUGGAUGGAAGGGGAACCAAAUAACUUCCAUGGCGAGUGUGUUGAGAUCUCACAGACGGCAUCAGACCCACUGAAGAGUUGGAAGGAUGGACCGUGUACUACUCCAAAACACUGGGUGUGUGAAAAACCGUUCACACCGUAGUCUAAUUAUAGUAGCUACUGUAACCCCAUAUCUCAUGGAGUUGUUCUGGUUUUCACUGUUAGGCUUAAACUGUUUCUGUUUCUAUGUGUAACUAACUACAUUGAAAGAUGUAUUCAUGUCUUUAAAGACUCCAGAGCUAUGUGGAGUCUACCGUUCAUCAGGCCCAGGGGAGUGGAACUGUGGGUUUGUAGGCUGUGGUUUGUCUUUUUUUUUUUUUUACCAUAUUUACCAUUUUUACCACUAUGGUGUGCACAUAACAGUAUCUUGUUAGAUUGUUUUCAUUUCAAUACUUUUUCAAGUUUUUACAGCUAUCAAUCCAUUUGAUAUGCAGCAGUGUUCUAUGUUUGCUUCCAUUCUGUUCCAUAUGUUCCAUGUGUUCAUUCUACUGAUUAAAUACAUCUAUAUACUGUGA